AUGACGGAAACUCAAACGGUCUUGGCAUCACGCCAGUCCGGGCGGAGCUCUGAGAGUAGCUCGCUGGAUGCUAUUGCAGCCGAGAAGCAAAAUCUGGCCGUGCACAGCGUCCCAUCGACUCGGCCAGACUUACAUAACUCCGCCUCUCCUAAGCGGUGGAAAACCUUUUGGACCGCUUUCCGGUAUCUUCAACAUCUGACCCCGAAGCAGGUCGAUGACUUCAUGGCAUCUUAUGUCAUCUACAACCUAGACUGGUCCGAUGAGAAGCAGAUGGUCGAAGAGCUAGGGCCCAACUACCAAGAAAAGGUCGGCGAUUGCCUCAAGUCGUACUAUGGGGUGCUAAAUCACCUCUGCGCUCUUGGCGACGUCGAGAAGAUGUAUAUCCCACCAUUCAUGAGCAAGAAAGCGACCGUGCUAGAAAACCAAUUAUUGUAUGAAGAGUCCAUUGCCGAACAUAUUGGCCUUAAGCCCGGAGACAAAGUAUUAGAUCUGGGUUGUGGUCGCGGCCGCGUGGCUGCGCACAUGACCCAAUACUCGGGGGCACAUGUGACCGGAUUAAACAUCGACCCUAACCAGAUCGCCCAAGCCCGUUCCUACAACGAGAAGCUUGGGUUCAAGGACAACCGCUUCAUCGUCCAGGACUUCAACAGCCUUCCUCUCCCGUUCGAAGAUGAGACCUUUGACGCAUUCUAUCAGAUCCAGGCAUUCAGUCUGUGCAAAGAUUUGCCCGCUCUGUUUCGCGAGAUCUUCCGUGUACUCAAGCCGGGAGCGAGAUUCUCUAUGCUGGACUGGGUCAGUCUGCCUGACUAUGAUCCCUCAAACCCUGAGCAUGUCCAGCUCAUGCGCCGUGUAAAGCCUCUCAUUGGGGCGGUGGGCACCCCUACUCCGAAGAUUCUAGAGAACGCUCUCACAGAUGCAGGAUUCACGGUAACUCGCUCCGACAACGCGAGUGUCGGUGGACUGCAAGCCCCGUUGAUCGCAAAGGUUGACCUCUACUUCCGGUCCAUGCGACAGCUUAUACUGGGUCUGGUCAAAACUCACGUGCUUCCCAAACACUUCAAGACAUUAAUCAACCGUCUAUGUCUAGACGGAGAAGCAUUCGUCAAGAUGGACAACAUGCGACUGGUAACGACGAGCUAUCGUAUCAUUGCGCAAAAGCCCCUCCAUUGA